AUGGAUUCCACCUUCAUCGCAGCAGCUGGUGCACGGGGUGUUGAAAGGAACGGCAUGGUUACAGGACUUGAGCACAGUCCAUAUGCUGUUUUGGCCGUUGCUGGUGCCCGUGUUUACCAUACCAAACUGAAUGUCAAGGAUAGCCAGUGGAUAUAUUCCCGCUGGAAGGGAACAUUAACAUUCGGAAGGGACGUCGAUGAUCCAAAUUCCGUCACCCAAGAUAUCAGUGAGACGGAGAGACACUGGUUCAGGCUCGCAGACGACGAGACGGGCAGGACAGUGUGGAUGUUCAAGUUUCCGGAAAACUUUGAAUAUUCCGUGGAUCGCCCGUUCUUCCACGUAUUUCAGGGCAGGACCCGAACAUAUGGAUUUCUCUUCAACGAUGACGACGAGGCGUCUGUCUUCGGAAGAAAAGUGAUGGGGAGGCUUUCUAGCGGUCGUGGGUCAUUCUCACUCAAAGCUCGACACAUAUGGGCUAAUCUUCUUCAAACGCACGUCGUAGAACCUGUUAGAAAGUCGCGAAGCCCUGGCAAAUUGAGUGGCUCGAAUAGAUCGAAGUCUCUCACAGGGUCUAUUUCGCGUUCGCUUAUUUCCUCUCCCGCGCCCCAAUCAUUCAAGCAUAUCGCCCACGUUGGUGUAAAUAAGGACGGCCUUUUUGAGGCCUCAAAGGAUCUAGACAGCGCAUGGAAGAUCAUGCUGGAAGAUCUUCAAGGACACGGAGUCAGUGACGCAAUUGUUGUCCGCCAGAGCAACUUUGUUGAUGGCUUUUGGAAGGAGGUAGAAGCCAUCCGAAUGGUCGAGGGGUCCUCGGUAGAAAGAUUUGAUUUGAAGGACGUUUCCAGAAAUAUCGCUACAGUUACGGCAUUAUGA